CUUAAAAUGACACAAGCAUAAGUUUGGCAGUAAGCGCCCGGGGGGUUUUAAACCCGCAAAGUGACGUCGAAAGAACAUUUCAUUGGUGAUUUAAAAAGGCUCAACAUUUUUCUUUUUUCUAUAUACUACGCAUUUUUUCUAUAACUUCAUUUUUUUUUUCAUGUUGUCGCGCUUAGCACAGAUCGCUAGUCGAUCUACUCCACGAACCGCACUUCGAGUGUCUAGUAGACCCAGUGUCCUUUUAAGAAGGGAUUUGCGUAAAUAUUCUUCUGACAAGGAACCCAAAAAGGAUGACGGACCUUUCAACAUUCCUAAGGGCUUUGAGAGUUUCUUUGGAAAAAAGUCAGGCAAGCAAGCCAAGGAAUCGGCCGAAGAAGCAGCUUCUAAACACACCAAAAAUUCCAGCAACCAAAUUCCUAAACCUCCACCAACACCAAAGGGUAACAAACCCCCUGAAGUUCAAGUCAAUGUCAAUAUGCUACUUGGUACUGCUGCAGGUACUUGGUUAUUAUGGAAAUUGACCUCUCCCGCAGACUCUUCCAGAGAAAUUACAUGGCAAGGCUUCCGCACCCAAUUAUUAGACAAAGGUCUUGUGGAUAAAUUAGUUGUGGUCAACCGUAACCGAGUACGAGUUUAUUUAAGGGCAGAAGCCAAUUCAGUCGGUGUUAACCCUGGACAAACCUUUGUAUUCACCAUUGGUUCACCAGACAACUUUGAACAAAAGUUAGAAGACGCUCAAAACGAAUUGGGUAUCCCCUCCAAUGAACGUAUCGCUGUUGCUUAUCGCGAUGAGGUCAGCAUCGCACAAACUCUUUUACACUUUGCUCCUACCGUUUUAUUAAUCGGUGUGCUUGUCUACAUGACAAAACGUGGGGCUGGCGGUGCCGGUGGUCAAGGUGGUAUCUUUGGUAUCGGUAAGAGUAAAGCAAAGAUGUUCAACCAAGAAACAGAUAUUCGUGUCAAGUUUAAGGACGUUGCUGGUGCUGAUGAAGCAAAGGUUGAAAUCAUGGAAUUUGUUAACUUUUUGAAAAAUCCCGCCAUCUAUGAAAAGUUGGGUGCUACUAUCCCCAAGGGUGCUAUUCUUUCUGGUCCUCCCGGUACAGGUAAAACUCUUUUAGCUAAAGCUACUGCUGGUGAAGCUGGUGUACCUUUCUUGAGUGUUUCCGGUUCCGAAUUCGUAGAAAUGUUUGUUGGUGUAGGUCCUUCUCGUGUACGAGACUUAUUCGCCACCGCCAAAAAGAAUGCUCCCUGUAUCAUUUUUGUGGAUGAAAUCGAUGCUAUUGGUAAGGCUAGAGGUAAAGGUGGACAAAUGGGCGGUAACGAUGAAAGAGAAAGUACAUUGAAUCAACUGUUGGUUGAAAUGGAUGGCUUUGAUUCAAACCAACAUGUGGUUGUUUUAGCUGGUACUAAUCGUCCUGAUGUUUUGGAUCCUGCCUUGAUGCGUCCUGGUCGUUUCGAUCGUCAUAUUGCUCUGGAUCGUCCUGAUAUCAGUGGUCGUGCUGAAAUCAUGAAAGUGCAUUUGAAGCCUAUCAAAACAAAGGUUGAUAUUGAGCAGCUUUCCCGUAAAUUAGCUGCAUUGACCCCUGGAUUCAGUGGUGCUGAUUUGAGAAAUGUCUGUAACGAAGCUGCUUUAAUUGCUGCUCGUCAUUUGAAAGAAGAGGUUGAGGAAAAGGAUUUUGAGGAUGCUAUUGAACGUGUUAUUGCGGGUCUCGAAAAGAAAUCUCGUAUUUUGUCACCCGAAGAAAAGAAGACAGUUGCAUAUCAUGAAGCUGGUCAUGCUGUUGCCGGUUGGUACUUGAAGCACGCUGAUCCUUUACUCAAGGUGUCUGUUAUUCCUCGUGGAUCUGCAGCACUUGGUUAUGCACAAUACUUGCCCAAGGAUCAAUACCUUUAUUCUAAAGCACAUCUCUUGGAUCGCAUGUGUAUGACUCUUGGUGGUCGUGUAUCUGAAGAAAUCUUCUUUGACUCAAUCACCACAGGUGCCCAUGAUGAUUUACAAAAGGUCACCAAGAAUGCUUAUGCUCAAGUUACGACCUACGGUAUGAAUGAAAAGGUUGGUCCUCUUUCCUUUUCCGACCCUUCUGGUGAACAACAAUUCCAAAAGCCUUAUUCUGAAGAGACUGGUACUUUAAUUGAUAAUGAAGCUAGAAAGUUGGUUACCGAUGCCUAUUCUCGUACCUUGAAAUUGUUGACUGAAAGAAAGGCCGAGAUUGAAAAGGUUGCCAAGUUAUUGUUAGAAAAGGAAGUUUUGACAAGAGAAGACAUGGAGAAUCUUUUGGGCAAGAGACCCUUUGAAGAGUUUACUGUUUAUGAUGAAUACGUUAGAAAGAAGACCUCUGCUCCUCCUCCAUUCCCUGAAGACACUCCUACCGGUCAAACCGAUCCCACUAUUAAUUAAUUCUCUCUUUCCUUUAAUUUUUUUUUUUAAAAAAAAAUGCUAACCCAAUGCAGCAAACACGCACACACACACACACUCUUUAAUUCGUAAAGUAGACACCAGAU